GGCGUGCUGGUGCGCGCCAGCGUGGCGGAGGCGCGGGAGCGGCGGUACCGCCAGCAGGGGCGGGACUGCUACCUGUUCAACCUGGAUGACCAGCACGUGCUGGAUGCCACGAGGGCGGGAGCCAUCAGCAAGUUCACGAACCACUCCUGCAGCCCCUCCAUGUACAGCAAGAUACUCAACAUCGACGGCCGCCAGCGCCUCGUCUUCUUCGCGCGCCACGACAUCGAGGUGGGGCAGGAGCUGACGUACAACUACAGGUUUGAGCGGGAGGAGGGCGAGGAGCGGGUGCCGUGCGCCUGCGGCGCCCCCAACUGCUCCGGAUACCUCAAC